AUGAAGAUAUCGUUAUCAUCAUUCCUUUUAUUAUUUAUUGCAAGUUUAACAUCAAUUAAAGAGAUCUCAGCCCAAUGUUAUGAUUAUACGGAUGCGUUGGAUCUAAACGCAAGGAUUCCAAUAUCAUGUAAACUGGUCGAAAAGAUUGAGCUACCGAUAAAAGUUCCAAUUGAAACAAGUAAAUUUAUAAUCAAUUAUAAAUGCGAAAUUCAAACCAAUCAAUGUGCAAGAGCGCAACGAUCGAUACAAAAGGUCUGUGAUAUUUUAACGGAAAACCUAAGUCUAAGGACGGACAUUAAUGUCGAUGUCUCAUUGAAAAAUUUAUGCCCUCCCGAUGCUAAACAACCAUGUAAUGAAUUAGGGGGCGCGGAAUUUGCCAGAACUAUGGAACUUUUGGAUGAUGAUGACAUGAUUCGAGAAUAUCCAACAGCUCUUGUAAAACAAUUUGAUUGCGAUCAACAUUAUGAAUUUGGUGAUGUUGAUAUACGCGCUGUAUUUAAUGGAGGAAAUGCUACUUCAUUAUG